AAUCUAGAAAAAUGCCUUUUAUGAAAGGACCGGCACCUAUAAGAAGGACCAUAAAAUACUUGGAGAGCGGUAGAUUGGUCCUUAAAAACAAAAUAAAGAUAUUAUCGAUAAACUACAACACGACCGGAGAAACUCAUCACGGUGCCAGGGACUUCGUAUUUUGGCAUUUGCCCCAGCUACAGUAUAAAAAUCCGGACGUUCAGAUUGUAACGUUUAAGAACAUGACUCCAUCGCCAUUUAUCAAGUGCUACUACGAUGAUGGAAGACACAUGCUGAUAGAUAUAGACAAUACCCCCAAAGCAGAUGUGCUAGAACAUCUCAUCUCUGUAGUUGGAAAAUCUCAGAAACAAUUAGCUGAGGAAGCAAUCAUUGCGGUGAAAAAGGAUAAUCCUGCUAACUUUGGCAUAGGCUGCGAAAAAAGUUGCAUCUGCGAAAUACCAGGACAGUUGCCUUGCCCGGGAUUGAUUCCCCUGCCACUUACAAUGCGGGGCAAACACAAGAACCGUGUAGACUAGGAUUAUUAUUAAGAAUUGGAGUUUAGUUGUUCUACUACAAUAUCGUAACCUAAAAGUAUAGCUGUAAAGUAUGUGAAUUAGAAAAUGCAAUUUGGUUAUUCUUGUAUAUAUUUGUUUUACUGUAAAAAUGUCAUAAUACACUGUAGGAAAAUACAUGUACGUCAAAUAUGAUACACAAAGUCAGUAUUCAAUGGAAAUACUUGUACUUAUAACACUUGCCUUGAAAGACUUUAUUAGCAUAGGAAUCAUUUGCAGCGAUUAAGAUCUCUUAAUCGUGGAAGGAUUG